AGAAGCUGAAUGAACUACAUUGUGUUCCCUGGGACACCAAGAAAGCUAUGGAGGAUGCGUUGCCGCGACUUCAUUUUGUGCAGGAGAGAAGAUGACAAGACCUUUUAAAGAUCUUAGAGAAAAUAUGUUCACCACUGCAUAAACUCUCAGCUCUGACCCACCCUUCAAGAUACUGAGGAUUAGCAAACUCAAUGAACCUGUUUGGAUUGUCAGGAGUGUAGAACCUGCCAAGGAAGGGUCCACAGAAUGCUUGCAGAGGUCACCAGCAUCAUUUCUUCUGGAACACACCAAGAUCCAGUCAAGGUCACAAUGAAAAACCUCACCACAUUAACUGACUUCAUCCUGCUGGGUCUGACAGAUGCUCCUGAAUUCCAGGACUGUGGAAACAAAGAUCCAUAUGGAUUCCUAAAAGGAAGUACUCUGCUGACAGCCAAAGACCCAAGGUUUAUGGCAAGAGGAAUCAAAAGUACUGCAAUAUCCAGAACUUGAGCAAAAGUCUUCUUUCCUCACUUCAAGCUACAUUGCUCCAAGGCUUAUUCCUAGUCUCCAGAAAUUCAAGCUAGUUUAAGGGAAAUGACCAAAGUCCAUGAUGGGCAAUGAAACCAGAAUAACUGAGUUCGUCCUCCAAGGACUGACAGAUACUGAGGACCUGCAGAUGGUAGUUUUCUUGCUCCUGCUGCUAGCCUACCUGGUAACUAUUUCUGGCAACUUGACUAUUAUCACUCUAACAUUAUUGGACAUCCGUCUACAGACCCCAAUGUAUUUCUUCCUCCGGAACCUGUCCUGCUUAGAGAUCUGGUUCCAGACAGUCAUCAUCCCCAAAAUGUUGGUCAACAUUGCCACAGGAACCAAGACCAUUAGCUUUGCUGGCUGUGUCACCCAAGACUUCUUCCAUAUCUUCCUAGGGGCCACUGAAUUCUUCCUCCUCACUGCCAUGUCAUAUGACCGCUACGUUGCCAUCUGCAAGCCCCUUCACUACCCAACCCUCAUGAGCAGCAAAAUCUGCACACAGCUCAUCCUCACCUGUUGGCUAGCUGGCUUCUCCUUCAUCAUUGUCCCUCUGGUCCUGACCAGCCAGCUCCCCUUCUGUGAUUCCCACAUCAACCACUUCUUCUGUGACUACACACCUCUGAUGGAAGUGGUUUGUAGUGGGCCAAAGGUACUGGAAAUGGUAGACUUUACUUUGGCCUUGGUAGCUCUCCUCAGCACCUUGGUGCUGAUCACCCUGUCCUAUGUCCAGAUCAUCCGGACAAUCAUUAAAAUCCCAUCAGCCCAGGAAAGGAGGAAGGCUUUCUCUACCUGCUCCUCUCAUGCUAUUGUUGUGUCCAUGUGCUAUGGCAGCUGUUUCUUCAUGUAUGUCAAACCCUCACCAGGCAAAGGGGUUGACCUCAACAAAGGAGUGUCACUGAUCAAUACAAUUAUUGCCCCCCUCAUGAAUCCCUUCAUCUACACCCUCAGGAAUCAGCAAGUCAAGCAGGUGGUGAAGGACCUAGUUAAAAAGUUUACUCGAUUCCAAAACAGAUAA